AACUUCAAUGUUCAAUCUGGUCUUUCUCUCACAAUCUCCGCAUGGAGGUGUUUCUUGCCAGAGAUCAGGUUUUCGGGAUAUCUUUGUUUUUCGGCGUUUUCCGGUUUCCUACCCGUGACCCCCAUUUCUUGCUCGUAUUUAGGUGGUAUAGACCCCGUGUUCCCAAUCAUGACAGCGCAUCACGCAUCCCGCGAUGUUACCAACCCCUCAUUCUUUGCUUUUUCGCUCGGUUUGAGGAAAUCAAGGUCUCCGUGGCCAUCAAUUGUAUACAGAACUUAAAUAUGGGCGUAUUCCCAAAGCUUUUAUGCUUAUUAGGAACAAGAUCAAUCAAUGUCUCAAUUCUUGGUCAAACACAGAGCUCUCCUGCUGUGACGUGUCUUAUAGACCACAGGAACCGCUGUUUUCUCACAUUCCUUCUCUUACAGAUUUUAGCAUGGAGGAUAUCGCUCCCCCCCCAGAUUGCCUUUACGUAUCCUAUGAAGAAGCCUACAAUGCUCUCAAGGGCCAUGGCAUGCAGCAUGGCUACGGCUUCCUACUCAACCGGAGUAGACCUCACAAUUCCAAUGUUAAGACACGAUAUUACUACUACUGUAAUCGAUCCGGAAACUAUUAGUCAAGAGCAAAGAAUCUGAGUACAAGCACACGCUCAAUAGGGUGUCCUUUUAGGCUUAGUAUAUUUAAGAACAAAAGCGACGACCAGUGGAAGCUGGAGGUUCUACACAAGCAUCACAACCAUCCCCGGUCACUUAACCCCAGUGCGCAUAAUGUCUAUCGCAAGCGUACAUUAGCACAGAAAGACACAAUUGAAUCAAUGACGCAUGCCGGGGUACGGCCGAUGUAGAUAAUGGCUGCUAUUCAAAAGGAGGAUCCAGACACCCUAGUAUCUGCUACCGAUAUUCGCGGCGAGAGGAAGGCAAUCAGAGAGAAGCACUUAAAUGGGAGGAGUCCGAUUAAGACAUUGUUAGAUGACCUGUCUACGCCGGAAUGGGUCUUUACUGUCAAGAAGGAUGCGGAUAAUCACGUACAAGGUCUCUUCUUUGCCCACCAGAAGCAGAUUGAGCUACUGCUUGCAAAUCCCGAUAUCCUGUUGAUGGACUGUACGUACCGAACCAACAAGUACAAACUCCCAC